AAUUCGAGGGCGUAGUGAAUGGGUGCAGCUGCAGUUCAGUUUCAGUGUCAAAACAUCAUUGAAACAAAACGUCACUUCAAUGUAAUAAUAUCGAUCCUAAUUUUCCGAAUGUUGUGCUGUAAUCUGAGAUUAGACCAACGUAACGGUACAGACAACUGAUAACUUCAAAAGUUAGUAGGUUAACAAAGGGCAAGCAGAAAUAACGGCAGAACAUAGUGUUUUUAUGGAUAACUCAAUGUAAUGGACUCUUGCGUGCUGGAACGUACAUGAGAAUUGAGCAGCAAAUAUUGGAACAGCUCGAUGGCUUGGUCUUAUUUUUAUUGUCAUUUCGAAGAAUGACCUCAUGGAUAUUUGAUAAUAAUUGCUGACAAGUGACUCAUGUUUCCAUAGAAACACACUACGCACUAUAUUUUGCACCGUCAACAUUUGACUUUGAACGUAGUAUUGAAUACCAAUUCAACCAGACGAUGCCAGCAAAGACCUCUCAUCACGUACUGUUUAUUUCUCGUACUACCUCAUACACGUCCUAUCUCAUGCAAUGAAUCACAAUCAAAACUGAAUAAAAAUAAACGAAAAUGGCAGGAAACAUGGGGAUAUUUGUGCUUCUUCUCAAGAAGAACUUCCUAGUUCGUAGGAAGCGCUGGGUUCAAUCCGUGGUAGCUCAAAUACUGAUCCCAAUAGCGCUAUUCCUGAUUGGCCAAACAGUCAGAUUAAUGACUGAUAAUUCAGCUAAAUUCAUUAAUACGACUACUUACUAUGAAAUAGAGCCUAAAGCGAAGAUCUUGGACACAAUUCACAGAGAUACAACAGUUCGCUUUUCACCAGAGAACCCAGCGACGAUAGAAUUGAUGCAUUACACACGACUAUGCCUGCAACUUCCAGAAUCUAAAGUCGAUGGUGCUCCGGAUGAGGACACGAUGAUAAAGGAUUUGACGAAGGAUCAGGUUCUCAAUAAAGAUCACGUAGACGCACUCGGAGUUGUUUUUGAGACGGUUGUUAAUGAUACGAUACCAAAUCAUUUUAAAUACAAGAUUAGAAUGGGUAGCGCACUCAGGAAGGAAUUGUACGAUCCCGAAGAGAAUGGACAUCUAGCUAAUUACAUUCUAAUGGGCUCUCCCAUUGUUCCAUUGCAAUUGUGUCUCGAUGAAGCCUUUAUUAAUUGGGUUUCCAGCACGAGUUCCUCGAAAGUACAAAAGUAUACGCCUGAAAUCUCAAUACAACAGAUGCCUUAUCCACCUUACACGAGGGUCGAUAAGGGAACUGCAAUUGGGGGAGAGACUUUCGCUGAGAUCAUACGAUUUAUUUUCCUAAUAAUUCUGUGCGUGGAGAUCUCUUUCCCUGCUAAUGAAAAAUACAUUGGAAUCAAUAUCCUGAUGUCUGUCAAUGGAGUCAGCACCAAAAUGAAUCUCUUCAGCUGGUUAAUAAGUGGAGCCAUUUUCAGCACCUGUUAUCUAGCUCCAAUUGUACUGAUUAUGAAACAUUUCAUGCCACCGGAAGUCAUUCCAUUUUUAACGUAUGGUAAUCCGUUCAUUGUCUGGCUGGUAUUGUUUGUUCACUGCUGGCAUGUCCUUGCCUUCGGAUAUCAUCUGUCAUCGUAUUUCUGGAAACCUUCACAUGGAAUAUUUGCCACCUUUAUGUUCCUGGUUAUCCUGAAUAACAUCGCUCGUUUCGCCACUGGUGUGGCAUUUCGACAUUUUCUUCUGUACGUGGGUGUAAUCUGUCCAAACAUUCUGCUAAAACGCAUGUUCGAAGAAAUAACGAUCUACGAGGGCAAGCUCAUUGGUACAAAAUGGUCCAAUAUGUUCACAACGGGGACUCUGGAUGCCCCAGCUGAAGGGAGCAUCGGAGUUAUGUUAAUCUUCUCAAUCAUCGGUAUCAUUCUCAAUUUCUACAUGGCAGUGUAUGUUUACGCAGUGCGUCCAGGAAAAUACGGAGUCAGCCAGAAUCCCCUCUUCUUCUUCCAAAAGCGUCACAAAGUUGAAGAUGACGAGAACAAAAUAGACUUCGAAAAGACUAAAAUAACAAAACGAGAAUUCGAAGAUGUCCCUGAAGGUGGAUUGGAGCCAGGAAUAAGACUCAGAGGAUUGAAGAAAGUCUAUUCAACAAGUUGGUUCAGGAAUUCAGUGGUGUACGCACUGAGAGGAGUGUCAAUGGACUUCUACAAGAGCCAAAUAACAGCUCUCCUGGGUCACAAUGGCGCAGGUAAGACCACAAUGAUGUCUAUUCUCUCAGGUCUAACAAGCUUAUCAGAAGGUAUAGUCUUCAUCGAUGGAAAAAACAUCCGACGAGAUCCUGACGCCAUAAAAGACAACAUCGGCUUAUGUCCCCAAGAGAAUAUGGUUUUUCCUGAUCUAACGGUCUAUCAGCAGCUCCACUUUUUUGGAACCCUCAAAGCAGGGAAAAAAUCUAAACAAGAAUUAGAAGAAGAAAUAGAGAUUCUACUGGACAAAGUUAAUCUUGAAGAAAAACGUAAUUUCAUUCCAAAGCAGUUAUCAGGGGGUCAGAAGAGGAGACUCUGCCUUGCGAUGGCUGUAAUUGGUGACGCCAACGUAUUGAUCCUGGAUGAGCCGACCUCCGGAAUGGAUGCUGAGAGUAAACGAGAAGUUUGGGAUAUUGUCCUCAAAAUGCGUGGUGAGAAAACGAUAAUAAUUAGCACUCACGACAUGGAGGAGGCUGAUAUCCUUGGUGACAGAAUAGCGAUAAUGCAUACAGGAAAAUUGAAGAGUUACGGCACCUCAAUGUUUUUGAAGAAGUUGUACGGGGACGGUCAGGUGGAAGUUACAUUAUCCGUGAAACCUUGGUGUGAUUCUUCGAAAAUCAUCCAGGAGAUAGGAAUUUCAGCUCAGCUACUCAACCAAGAUGAAGGUAAAAUGGUGUUUGCCAUUCCGAUGGCAGAAUCACUACCGGAAGCCCUGGAUAAACUAGAAUCUCAGAAGCAAAAAUUGGGAAUCACUGGGAUGAGUGUUUCUAUAAUCACCCUGGAACAGGUGUUCUUGAGAGUAACUAGAGAAGACACUGACGAAGUGGAUGCUAAUGAUCAGAUCCGAUCCUCUCACAAGAUCACAGGUUUCUUAUACUUCACGCAGUGCUUCAGAGCUUUUGUGAUAAAGAAAGUGGCAUUUAUGAGGAAAAAUCCUUGGACCUGUUGGUUGAGCUUACUGUUGCCCUGUUUGUCAUGUACUAUGAUGAUAAUGGCGUUUGGAGAGAAAGGACCUCGUGAUGGUCCCACCUCGUUAACCUUGGAGGCUUACAGCCAUCCUAGAGCAUUCGUCGCAUCAUCGAAUCCAUAUUUGGCUCACAUGUACGGAAUUGGAGUCCGAGAAUUCGGCGGUAAGACUGAUAUAAUUGACCCGGAACAUUUGAGUGUUUCUGAUGCCUUGGUGCAAGCAUCUUUGAGGGACAUCGGAAUCUAUAGAAAUAGAUACAUUACUUCUGCUGAGUUCAAUAGAACUGGUGAUAUUAUGAAAGCCAAUGGAUUCUACUCAGGGACUGCUUAUCUAGGAAUCCCGAUAGCAUUAAAUGCACUGUCUAAUGCUAUUCUGAAAGCCCUGACUGAUGACGAGUCUUACAGGAUCGAAGUAUCAGCUCAGCAGCUGCCUUCCUCAUGGGAGAUUGACAAAAGUGAGGCCGUGGAUGGGCCCAUGAUAACUCUAGCAAUCAUUGUGUUUUUAGCCCCAGCAAUUGCGCUGUAUGUCACUCAACCCCUGCAGGAGGCUCGUUCAGGAAUCAAGCAGCUGCAGAACAUGACUGGUGCCUCGAAAAUCGCAUACUGGGCUUCUAUAUUUUUACUCGAUUUUUCGCAGUACAUUAUAUCAAGUUUACUGCUUCUGGCUUCAUUCAUCAUAGUUGAUAUAUCACUGGCCACUCAUUUCUACCGAUUAACUGAGAUUCUUGUGUUCUUUGCGUUGAUGAUACUGUUUGGAAUGAGUAUGCUACCAUUUGUCUACAUGUCUAGCUUCCUGAAGAAGACACUGAAUACUACGAUCAAUGUUUUAAGUGUUGCACCACUGAUUCUGGGGUUUGUGGAGAUGAUUCUCGUUGCUGUGACAUUUUCAUGGGAUAAUAACACUUUUAAGAUCUUCAGAAAGAUUCAGAGUAGGCUCUUCCAACUGUUUCCAUAUUUGAGCUUCACCUAUGGACACGUAUCAUUCUUUGGAGUAGUAUCGAAAAACGCAAGGUGUAGAAGAAUGACUAAUGAAUUGAUUGAGGUGGCAUGCAUCAGUUUUGAUGAGUGUUGCGAUGCACAGUGCUCCAAUGGUGAUUGCCAAAAUCCAUUUCCAUAUUUUGUUAAGAGCCCCUUCGAAGAAGUUCCAAGUCUCUUCACUAGUAUGAUGUAUCUGCUAGGAUCGUCUGUAUUGUUUUUCGCAAUUAUUAUUUUGAUUGAACUGCAGAUUGUUGAGAGAAUUAUGAUGAAAAUCAGAAGAAGAAAGGCGUGGAAAGCGAAUACUAUGGGAAUGGACGAGUUGGUAAUGAAGGAGAAGGCAGUCGUUGCUGAUGAGUUGAAUAAGAAGCUCAAUGGGAUCUUUGAGGAAGAAAAUGAAAAUAUAUUUCUAGUUCACAAUGUGAGAAAAAAUUAUGGGGCUCUUGAAGCAGUGAAAGGAAUAAGUUUCAGGGUUAAAGAGGGUGAAUGCUUUGGUUUGCUCGGGGUGAAUGGAGCUGGAAAGAGUACGACAUUUAGAAUGCUGACUGGGGAGGAGCUGCCUAAUGGUGGACAGUUAUGGCUGAAGGAUUUUAAUAUUGAAAACAAUCGAACCAGAUAUCUGCAGGAGAUGGGCUAUUGUCCUCAGCAAGAUGCCAUUAUUGAUACACUCAAUACUUGGGAUCAUUUGUAUUUAUUUGCAAGACUUCGUGGUGUUCCAGCGAAUCAAGUACAUGAUACAGUUAAGAAAUGGAUUGGAAAACUUAAUCUUACGGCGUGUGCUGCUCAACCCAGUGGCACAUACAGUGGAGGAAACAAGAGGCGUUUGAAUAUUGCAAUUGCACUUAUUGGUAAUCCAUCUUUAGUUCUGAUGGAUGAGCCGACCACUGGCGUGGAUCCAGCAGCUAGAAGAUCACUGUGGAAUACUCUGAAAAUUUGUCAAGACUCUGGACAAUCAAUUAUUUUGACUUCACACAGUAUGGAGGAGUGCGAGGUACUGUGCAAUCGUCUCGUUAUUAUGGUGAACGGGCAGCUAGUUUGUGUUGGUGCUAGUCAAGAAUUGAAACAGCGUUUUGGUGCUGGAUACAAUAUUCAUGUAAAACUAUCCCCCAAUCGGAGUUAUGCUGAUGUGGACAAUAUCAAGAGAAGAAUCGAGCGCCACUUGAUUUGUAAAUUAACAGAUGAGAAUUCUGGCUUCCUGGGAUAUCAUGUCACUGAUCCCGAAGCCACAUGGACAAUUAUGUAUACCACUCUGAAUGAGUUGAAGAACGAUUACAAUUGUAUCGAAGAUUUCGCUGUUCUCUCUUCGACGCUCGAGCAAUUGUUUAUCCAAUUUGCCAGAGCCCCUGAUGAUGCUCCCCAGAAUAACGGAAAUGCACCUCAAAAGUGGUGGCAGAAGAGCACUAGGCGAGCCCAUGUUUAAAUUUUACAAUCCAUAGAGGUGAGCAGUAAUUUUUUAUUUGACACCUUCUUUAUUCAUUCAAUCGAUGGUAAUAAUCAGCUUAAAACUACUGGCUAAUUAACAUACGAUUGCGGCAACGAAACUUGAGGGACGAAUUUAUUUGCGAUAGUCGAUCCCGAUAAUAAGAGCAGAAAAAUCGUAUUUGUUGCUAAAAUAUUUACACGUCUCUAUGGAGAAGGUCGUCUCCCGUUGUUUUAUAUGCCUCGUGUUCACAAUUUAAUUAGUGAAUAUAAUGACACCUCAAUUUUUUGGAAUUUCAUUCACCAAGUCAUGAAAUCAAAAUCAUCUAAAAUAGUAACAAUAUGAUUUCGAGGUCAAUUCCAAUUAAAAACGGUUUCUAAAUAUCUCAUUUGUCUUAGAAAAUUCAAGGAACUUAGAUCUUUUAUGUUGAAUGAUAAUUGAUUUUUCAGUGAAAACUUGACUGUUCAGUGUUCACCGUGAAAAUUCUAUUCAAAUGCAAUUGAAUUUUCAAUAAAUUUAAAACUCAGGGAAUUUAUCGCUUGAACUUCCAAGUGUAAUUUUCCAACAGUGCAACAGACAUUAAAUGUGUUCAUUCUUCUAAGAGCCUAAGACGGUUUUCGGAAAUUAAUUAAUUAUAAUUCAUCAAUUUUAAUAGCUUCAACAAGUAUUCUUUCCAAUAUUGCUAAUUGUAUAUUUGUAAUUAUUGUUCAGAAAAUUUCAGUAUAAUGAACGGAAAGAAGAUUUCCCUUAGAUUUGUAAAUAAAAAAGAUUAUAAACUAUAUUAAUAUUGAUAAAUAUGAACAGAAAAUUCGAUGCAUGAUCUCUUGCCGAUAUUCAAGAUUGUUUAUCGUGAGUUCAUGGAUUUUGUUUGUUAAAAGGUAUUUUUAUAACUGAAAACUAUCAUCAGUUUGUAAAGUUAAUUUCAAUUUAAGGACCGGUUGGAUUAUCUGGAAAAGAUAAUUUACUCCAAAAUUGGGAUUCCUAAUUACU